CUCAUAACCAAACCCAAAAAUCAUAAUUAUAUAUAUAUAAAAAAAACAAUUAAAAAAAAAACCCGAAGAAAAAUUAAAAACAGAACCUCAAAUUCCCCUCCAAAAUUAACAGUCAAAAAACAAAAACAUACGAACAAAUCAAAGCCCAAAGAAUCCUCAAUUUUGACAAAAAAACAUAACUCCAAACUCCCUUUUCUCCGGGAGGCGGCCAUUAGCUGCGACGGCGUUUUUCCUCUUCCGGAAGCUGAGAAUUUGCCCCGGCGAUGGCCGUAUCAAGCGCAUUUGCUGCCGCAAAGCUGGAGACUUUGUUGGUGAGUAAUACGUCGUCGUCGUCCGCGUCUCCGAUGGCGGCGGCUUCCCCUGCCCAAAUUGGGUUGUUUUGCAAGCCAGCUCGAGCCGCCAGGCGUUCUUCUUUGGUAAUUCAGAGGGGUUUCGGCGGAAUUCCUUCCGUUCGAUGCGAGGUUUCGUCCGAUGUUUCGGUUGAGGUUUCCGACAAAAUGGAGUUUAGUACCACCAACGCGGCGGCUUCUUCUUCCUCUGCCUCGGCUUCCAGCUUAUCGGCUCUUGAGCAGCUCAAGACCUCAGCUGCUGACAGAUAUACGAAAGAAAGAAGUAGCAUUGUUGUCAUUGGACUCAGCAUCCACACCGCCCCGGUUGAAAUGCGAGAGAAACUUGCCAUCCCAGAGGCAGAAUGGCCUAGAGCGAUUGGCGAGCUGUGUGGUUUAAAUCAUAUUGAAGAGGCAGCUGUUCUUAGUACCUGUAACAGGAUGGAGAUAUAUGUUGUUGCUCUUUCCCAGCAUCGUGGUGUUAAAGAAGUGACUGAAUGGAUGUCAAAGACCAGCGGUAUCCCUGUUUCGGAGAUUUGCAAGCACCGUUUUCUACUUUAUAACAAGGAUGCCACACAGCACAUCUUUGAAGUAUCAGCAGGAUUGGAUUCUUUGGUUUUGGGGGAAGGACAAAUCCUUGCUCAGGUCAAACAAGUUGUCAAAGUUGGCCAGGGUGUUGUGGGUUUCGGUAGGAACAUCAGUGGACUAUUCAAGCACGCAAUAACUGUAGGAAAGAGGGUUAGAACUGAAACAAAUAUUGCAGCUGGUGCAGUUUCUGUCAGUUCAGCUGCUGUAGAAUUGGCUUUAAUGAAGCUUCCAGAAGCCUCUCAUGCCACAGCUAGAAUGUUGGUAAUUGGAGCAGGAAAGAUGGGUAAGCUUGUGAUUAAGCACUUGAUUGCUAAAGGAUGCACAAAGAUGGUUGUUGUAAACAGGAGUGAAGAAAGAGUUGCUGCCAUUAGAGAGGAGAUGAAGGAUGCUGAAAUUAUCUAUAAGCCUCUUAAUGAAAUGAUGGAAUGCGCUGCCCAAGCAGACGUUAUUUUUACCAGCACGGCAUCAGAACUUCCAUUAUUUAUGAAGGAGCAUGUGAUGGAUCUUCCACAUGUUGAUCCAAGUGUUGGAGGUUUGAGGCUUUUUGUUGACAUAUCUGUUCCCAGAAACGUUGGAGCAUGUGUUAAUGAGGUUCAGGGUGCUCGAGUAUACAAUGUGGACGAUCUUAAGGAGGUUGUGGCUGCUAACAAAGAGGACCGUCUCAGGAAAGCAAUGGAAGCGCAGGCAAUCAUAGCUGAAGAAUCUAAACAAUUUGAAGCUUGGCGUGAUUCCUUAGAGACAGUUCCUACUAUCAAGAAACUGCGGGCCUAUGCCGAGAGACUUAGGACAGCUGAACUGGAGAAAUGCUUGUCAAAGUUGGGUGACGAUAUCCCAAAGAAGACAAGAAGGGCUGUUGAUGACCUUAGCCGAGGUAUAGUUAACAAACUUCUUCAUGGUCCCAUGCAGCAUUUGAGAUGUGAUGGCAGUGACAGCCGGACAUUAAGCGAGACACUCGAGAACAUGCAUGCUCUCAACAGAAUGUUCAGCCUUGAAACAGAGAUCUCUGUGUUGGAACAAAAGAUCCGAGCCAAGGUUGAGCAAAAUCAAAAGUAAGCUUCCUCAACAGUUUUUCCAAUUUUUUUUGGCGGUGCCAUAUGUCAAAAUAAGAGGGGAACUCAGAUUUUCUUCAGGUGGCGCUACUGUACAUUUUUCCUUUGUAAUAGAUGAAAGCUCCUGGGGGGAUCUUUCUCGGCUAUUGUUUGUGAUGUAUAUGGGAAUACUUCUAAUUGCGGAUUUCUCAUGUGUAUUGAGUCUCCUCAUAUGGAAAAUGUAUAAUGUUAUGCAGUUAUUAUCACAUGUCACUGAUGUAAAACAAACCACGAUUACCUGCUUGUAGCAUGUUAUGUACUCUGCUAAUUGUAUCGAUAGUGAAGUUUUACUUUAUUUUGCAUUUUAAGGUCUCUUUUUGUUUUUGAUUGUUGCUAAUAGGUUCUGUUCUGGUAUAUACUGCCUAUUCUAAUCUGCAUGCAUCCCUUGACCGAGAGCAGAAGCUAGUCUAAGGGGAGAUAGAUGACCUAGUCUUCUUCAUGUACUCUGAUCAACUUGAAGAUCUGUGUAGUUUAAGCAUAUAGAUUCUUACUCCACUGAACAUAUCAUACCUGAUCAGUUGGUGUUGGCAAAUAAUAAGCAUCCAAAUAACCGAAGAUUUCAUUCAAAGAAACCAUUGUCAUGCACCGCAAUUUUCUUCCGGAAGGUGUAUUUUGGAAGUCUUUCGGACCAAAAUGUAACGUGGAUCUCUUUCGGCCUCAAGUUUCUUGGGAGCUUCUGAGUCAUAGACGAUUAGAUGAACAAUCAUUGAGAAAUUGCUCGCAGAGCGUGAUGUAAAGUGAUGAAAUCAAAUUGUUGUUCAUUGUCCUUGGCAUUGUUGGUAUUGCUGUUAUAGAGCAGAUUAGCAGAAGCAAGAACAUCAUACACAAUUACACAUAAAGAGAAUUUACAUGAAGCCAGUACAGGAAUGAUUAGAAUGCUAUACAAUCACAAAUUUGUGUUAGAGUUGUCUUCUUUUCGUUUCCUUCAUUAA